CCAGAAGGUCUCAACUCAUUCAACUUUCAUCACUCAUACGCUUGCAAUCGUCCAUGUCCAGACCGACGGUGUGCUUGGCAACGACCCAUACCGCCCCAUCAACGCAUUCCUUCGGAUCGCGCUCGGAUUUGAGGAGAGACAGCACACUGGCGCUCAAGCGGCAUCUUUCAAGACACACUGUACUCAGUGGAUUGUGUCGCGUCGGGCGUCUUGGGCCUUCCCAGCCGCGGGAGAUCUACACGACUUCCGUCAAGUGUUGCAACCCGGCUCGAUGCCGACCGUUGCAAAUCCACCAGCGAGUUCCAGCCCUACAGAUAUCGAUAUCGCGAUUGCGAAGUUGACAGCAUAUCGUAAUGUGGUAGGAUUCGUAGUCGUAAGUCGGCCCAGCCGAGAAGACGCAAAAUAUGCGGUAAUUCGGUCCGGCGGGCAAGAGUUCGAGGGCACAACCGGCGAAUCGAAAAUGCGGGCAGUCGUCAGGCUGGUGAAGACAUCUGUCUCAGAUCUCAAUGCGAGGAUGGGCGAGAUCGAAAAUGUCCAAGAUAGCACAAUGUCUUUCAUACGCUUACGCAGCGACCGAAGUGAGGUUUUAAUAGUACCAAGCACAGAGUUUGUGCUUGCAGUACUGCAUGUGAGUACUGUGGUGUGAUAUGUGAUCUAUCACUGCUCCCGCGAUUGUCCUGCGUAGGCUCAGACUCGUCCACUAUUUUUGUACAAAGGACCCCAAAAUAGCACCU